CAUAGAGUUCAAGAGUAUACCGGUUUGUAGUGAAAAUUAUAAUCAUUGAAUCGAAAGAAAGUUUGAAUAUUUUUUGUAAAAGUGAUUUUCUCCUAUUUUUUAUCAAAAUUUGGAUUAAUUUUAGAUAAUGGCAAGAAGAUAAGAGUGAGAGUGGUUUUGACUUUAUAGGGAUGUUUGUUGUGAUCAUGAUGCCGAUCUAGUGCGAUGGUCAAGGAUCAUUACCAAGACUUUACCUUGUCAGCUGAUUACUAUCAGGCACUCAAUCGGAAUGGGAAGACGCUCAGGCGCCUGUUCCAGAGGAUCUAAAAAGAGUAUUUUGUUUUAUACGACUGACUGUGGUGGAACUGAAGACGAUAAAGAUAACGAUAUUGGAUCCCUUCAGCAAAGAUCCGUUUCACUUACUGCUUUACACUCUCCAAGUACAGGAUUUCCUCCACAGCAACUCCUGGAGCCAAGGAUGGCUCAGCUCGAAACAUUAGAAGCAAAGAUGGCAAGUAUCGAAGUUUCGUUAUCAACAACACCGAAAAGGAAAAAAGGAGGAAGUCUUUCCGGUGCAAUGACCUCGCCUGCUGGUCACAAGAAUAGAGAUUACUAUAAAGAGGUCGACGCUCUUCGGGUUGCCCUUCGGGACAAGGAAAACAUCAUCCAGACACUUAAAGGUCAACUGUGCAAUACCCUGAGCAACCGACUAGCAUUGAGAAACACUAAAACACCGCCUCUGACAGAAGCUGAUAAAAAAGCUACUGAAGAAAGGCUACAAAAACUUGGUCGUGAUGCUGAUAAUAAAAGGCUAGCUAUUAAAAACCUUAAGCUGGCUUUAGAGCGACUGGAUAUCACAGAUAAUAUCGAUAUUCGUAUUCAGCAAGCAGAAUUAGAAUACAGACUAGGUCGAGAGGAAUUGGAGUUGCUGACGUUGAUAGAAGAAAUUCGUGCACUCGAUGCGGCUUUAGAGUUGGCUGAAACUCAAGAGAAGCAGAAGAAUGAUACCAUAUUUAGCUGCAUUACUGGUGGGACACACAUGACAAUUCAUGCGGUAACUGUGAGUGCAGAUCCCAAGAGUCCAAGAUUUGGCGCAGGACCUCGAGACAAUGCACCUGGAUUGUAUGUUGAUUGGGCUGUGGAAGAUUCUGGUCUUUGUAAAGAAGAUAGAAUCUUAGAGGUGAACGGGAAACUUGUCGUAGGUGCAGGAAAAAGCGACCUGUCAAGGCUUCUUGCUGUUACUCCUGAAGCAGCCCACAUCGUAGUUCUCAGGAAAAGCGAAUCAUUAAUGGCACUUAGAGCCCUUAGAUCGGAAAACCUCCGGCUUACCCACAGAAUUAGUUACCUAGAAGAGCAAGUAAGAGAUUUAUUAUCUCCUGUACGAACUAAAAUUCAGCUAGAUCCUACACCACCUUUACCACCAUCUGCAACAUAUCAGGACCACGUUCAAGUCUUUCAAAAAGGUCCACAAGUCACCACACUGGUCACUAAUAUUCCAAAUUUAAAUGUCAAAAGCUCUAGAGAAUCGUGUCAAAGUUUACCAGUUGUGGUAAAAAGCAGACACAGUGAUUACACUCAACGUUUAUCAACUGUAGUAGAUCCACCAUCAAAGAGUUUUAAAGACUUUGAACUUUCAUCAAAAUUACGUGGUCGAGAGAAAUCAAAGGCUUUGAAUUUUCUUCAGUUAACUCGAUCAACAGCUAGUUUAGAUUGCGGAAAAUCUAAAGUAGCUUACAGGUUCCAAUCGCAACGUAGAAGAUCAUCAAAGUUGGAUGAAUUAACUAUAAAACAUCCACAUAAUGGCAUCAAUAUAAAUGACCGUCAACAAUCUCUUGAAUUUGAUUCCGAACCUACUUAUUAUCAUAGCAUGAAAGAUUCGCGACGUCGAUUGUCUGAGUAUGCAGAAGAGAUUUACACACUACAUGAGACGAACAAACGGCCAGUUCCACCGCCGAAAAAACCUUUACGACUUUCUCUACAUAGAGCUACAAGUUUACAAUCGGUUGAGAGCGCACCUCCUUCAACCAUGACGAUAGAAGUGAUGAGCAAUUCAAUGAAGCAAAGUCAUAAUGAUCGUAUAUCUCAAGAAAAAAAUGAGAAAUCAGAUAGUAGUAAUGAAAAAAAUGGUAAUCAACAGCUUAACGAUCAAUCAUUAUCUCCACGACGCCGCCGAAGACGUAAACAAUCGCCACCACCUCCACCAAUACCUAGAACCCCUUCUAGAGCAGAAUCAUGUCAAAGUGCACUUCAUUGCAGAGCAUCACCGAUCAAAUUUAGAUAUUAAAUUUGUCAUAAGGAAUUAAUUAAGCGGAGAAAAAAACCGUACUUACAUUUCCACAGUACAAAAUUCAAUAUUGAUGUAUAAAAUUAAUUUACAAAAUGUAUAAAUAAUUUUAAUAUGUUGAAAAUACUAUUCGUAAGAUAUAAAAUAAGUUUUUUCUAAAUGUAAGAUUUAUUAUACUGGCUUACUUUUUUAACGCACGUUGACAAAGUCGUGCAAGAAGACUGUUCAAUUGUAAUAAACUACCGAUUCCAUCCAAUACAUUCAGAUGAGUUAUACCA